CUUUAGCCUCGUUUUGACAUACGGUGCCCUAUUCAGCUGCUCUUGCCCCUCGUUCUAUGACGACAGCCCCCCCUACCAAGUUUUAUUCGUAGGGGAAGCCUCUGAGCAACUGAGGGCAAAAUGAAGGCAGGAAGCUUCAAGUGCUGCCGCCACAGAGCAUGCUCUGAUCUUUGGAGCAUGCUCAGUUGGAGCAAGGUCUGAGUUUUUGAGGAGUAGGACACGCCACGCCGGUUCCCUAACGCUUAUUCCUUCCUGGUGCUGGACAGUGGCUGAGGAAGCAAGCCCAGGUGAGCGAGAGGUGUAGAGAGGAAAGUACCCGCCUCUUGAGUCGGGGAUCGGGGCGCCCAAGAAUGCCUAAGAAGAAGACAGGUGCUCGCAAGAAGGCCGAAAGCCGUAAAGAACGUGAAAAACAAAUAAGAGCUUCAAAAGGCAACAUAGAUUUGGCUAAACAUCCCUGCAAUGCUUCAAUGGAAUGUGAUAAAUGCCAAAGACGACAGAAAAACAGAGCUUUUUGCUACUUUUGCAGCUCAGUUCAAAAGUUGCCCAUUUGUGCUCAGUGUGGAAAGACAAAAUGUAUGAUGAAAUCUUCAGACUGUGUCAUAAAACAUGCCGGUGUGUACAGCACUGGUCUGGCAAUGGUGGGGGCCAUUUGUGAUUUCUGUGAAGCUUGGGUUUGCCAUGGCAGGAAAUGUCUCAGCACACAUGCUUGUAUCUGCCCUCUUGCAGAUGCUGAAUGCAUCGAGUGUGAGAGAGGAGUCUGGGACCAUGGAGGCCGAAUAUUCAGCUGCUCUUUCUGCCAUAAUUUCCUCUGUGAAGAUGAUCAGUUUGAACAUCAGGCCAGUUGCCAGGUUCUGGAAGCCGAGACCUUUAAAUGUGUUUCCUGUAAUCGACUUGGGCAGCAUUCAUGUCUCCGUUGUAAGGCUUGUUUCUGUGAUGAUCACACACGGAGCAAGGUUUUCAAGCAGGAAAAGGGACGAGAGCCUCCCUGCCCCAAGUGCGGACAUGAGACACAGGAGACGAAGGACCUGAGCAUGUCAACACGCUCUCUAAGGUUUGGCCGACAGACAGGAGGAGAAGAGGCUGAUGGGGCUUCUGGCUACGAUGCCUUCUGGAAGAACCUCUCCUCUGGAAAAGAGGAGGAUGCAGGAGACCAUGAUGAGGAAUAUGGUGACUAUGAAGCAGAAGACGAUGAGGAUGAGGAUGACAAUGAAGAAGGAGGGAAGGAUUCCGAAACGGAGACUGCCGAGCUGUUCAGUAACUUGAACUUAGGCAGAACGUAUGCUAGUGGCUAUGCGCACUAUGAGGAAGCUGCUGACUAAGGCUGCCAUCCUAAGCACACUUAACAGGAAAUAAGUCUCCUUGAAGUUGGUGGCAUUUAACAUGCUUAGGGUCUGGCUGUGAGCCAUGCUUAGGGUGGAACUAGCAUUUGAGAGGAACUCUCUGUGUGCUUAGUGAAUGUUAUGUAUGGCACAGAAAUAAUUCAGCUUGGCUUUCAACUAGCAAAUCUUACUAGGAAUUAAAGGGAAUGGGACAUUUGUAGAUCAAGAGAGGCGUUUUGAAUGGCCUGUUUUAUACAUAACAUGGAGGCAGUAUUGAAUCCUAGUUUUGCAUGACCCCCUUUAGUUUCCGGUGUGCACUCUACCCUUUAAUCUGUGCACAAGGGGAGGGGGGAUUCUAGUUCCAAUGCUUGGAGAGACCAAGCCAGGAUCCCUUGUGUCUGAAGCAGAGUAUCCUGGCUUAUUAUAAUUAGGGUUCCUAAACCUGGGAUCCUGGUUUAUUCUGAAACUCUGCUUAGAAUAAGCCAGUAUUGCCUGGUAUGGAUAUAAUGAGAGAUUCUGGCUUGUUGUAAGCUAGCAUUGGAAUUAGAAUUCUUCCUCCCUUUUGCAUGCCCGAGAUUAGGGGACAUUGAGUGAUAUUAGGAUUAAAUCCUUGUUCAGUGUUAUGUCUAAACAGGGCCCCUGGCUAAAGGGAUUGGAGCCUUGAAGGGUGAAAUGGGUGUGGGUACACAUUAGUCCAGAAAACUUGAAGUGGGGGAUUUAACUCAAUGGUCUCCUUCCUAGUCAGAAGUGUGAGAAGGCUAAGGCAGUUCCUGUUUCCAUAUGUUCAUCAGAAAUAAAUUAUUUUUCUUGAGCCAUUUUGAUAGUUCUGUUAUCAUGAUUCAUAAAUUAUAACUAGUGGUGGCAAUUGACAUCUGCUAUUUUUAUAUAUAUUGGAAGCUGUCUCCUGUGGAAAACUAGAUUCCCUCCCACCCCAGCUAUUGAUCCAGCUUGAGCACUUGGGGGAAUGCUUGCUACAAGCUAUUGUAGUUGAAAUAUAAAUUGAAAUUAAAGUUACUUUGACAUUUUUGUAUAAGCAAGACCGAUCAAUAUAUUCCCUUGCAAUGCACUUCUGGAAAAUUAUCAGUUCCUGUCUUUUUUGAAUGCUGUACAUUAAUUGUAGCGUGCACAGCCACUUGCAAUAUGGCCUAAAUAAACUUUUGAUCUUAUAUUUAUCACCAAAAAAAGUCACUGCAUUCUCCUUACCCAAUAAAGUCCAUCAUUCUCUA